AUGGCAGACGGGAGAUGGACCAAAAGACUUAUAGAGUGGAGACCAAGAGUCGACAAGCAUAGCCAAGGCAGACCUCCCACCCGAUGGACCGACGACCUGAAACGAAUAACAACUAACUGGAUUGCAACAGCUAAAAACCGCGAGAACUGGAGAUGUUUGGAGGAGGCCUAUGCUCAACUAAGGACAACUCUACUUUCUGAAGAAAGUUUUACCGAAAUGGAAAAGGAAUUGGAAAAGAUAAGAUGGGAUAUUGUCGGAAUGAGCGAAGUCAGGAGACGAGGUGAAAGUCUCGAGACCCUAAAAUCUGGUCAUUUGUUUUACUAUAAUGGAGAACAACAGCAGUCAAUAGGAGUAUCCACUAGAGGAAUAUACGCCAUUUUUAAAAUAAACACUAGAUACAACCUAAAAGUAGUUCAAGUUUACGCUCCAACAACAGAACAUACAGACGAGGAGAUUGAGACUUUUUAUGAUGAUUUAUGUACAGCUAUCUCAAAUAACCAUACACAUUUCACUGUCGUAUGCAGUGACUUUAAUGCCAAAUUGGGAACGAAAUUAGAUCCAUCAGAAACUCCCUUAGGCAACUUUGGAAGCCCAGGACGAAAUGAUCGUGGUGACAUUCUUUUAAAUUUCCUAUUAGAGAAAAACUUGUUUCAAAUGAACAGUUUCUUCCACAAGAAACCCCAUUGCAGAUGGACAUGGAAAAGCCCAGAUGGCAGAACGAAAAACGAAAUCGAUUACUUUAUCACUGACAAAAGGUACAUAUUUAGUGAUGUAACGGUCCUUAAAAAUUUGCAAAAUCAAGUGACCAUCGAAUGGUGA